AUGGCACAAGCGCUGAAGCUGGUUCGCACCGCUCGGCGCGCUGCAUCGCGCGCAGCUGACGCGGGCCCAUCACCGCUUUCCGCCUUUUCCAAUCCCGCGUCAUCCCCGAUAUCUGCCUUCCGCAACACACCGCCCUCUCCGCUGAUACUACCACGCCUUCCCCCGCCUUGCGCAGGCAGCCCCCUGCCCCCCAACCUAUGCGCAGCCAGCGGAAUAGAAUUAGGCGCUUUCCGCACCCGGAAUCCCCGCGCAUUAGCCGCAGAGCAUGCCUUUAGUGGCUUCCGCGCCCCCACUACCGCCUCGUUCGCCGCUGCGCCAGUUAUCCCCGCCGCCACCCCACCACCCUCCGCUGCCCGUGCCGUUUCCGCCUUCCGCCACUUCCUUGCCGCGCCCGCGCCUUCCCCUUCACCAUCCCUUCCGCCACCACCCGCCGUGCAUUCCCGCGCAGCUGCGACCACAGGUGGGGGAGGAGCGCGCGUGAGGGGCAUGAGCGGGGGGAGCGGGGGAAGCAUCUAUGUGAGAUCGACGCGGGAGCCAAGCGGAUUGGCAUCCGUGCCGCUGGUGCCGCUCGUUCUCGGUCUAGCUGGCGCCAUCCCAUUCGUCGCCCUCGCUCCGCCCAUAUGCUCCCUCGUUCCCCUCCCUGUCAACGCUUUCCCUCCCUUCCAACCCCCUCCCCCCCCAUUCACCCUCCUUUCCCCUCUCAUCCCCUCGCUGCGCCCCAUCCCUCGCAGGAGCUGCUGGCAAGCCAGCCAGCAGCAGCGCAGGCGGCGUAUGGGGCAGUCAUUCUCGCCUUUCUGGGGGGCCCGCACUGGGGGCUCGCCAUGGCGCGAUACGCUGCCAGUCAGUGCUGCCGCCCCUUGCUUUCCCCCCCCUGCUGCCUGCUUUCCCCCCCCUGCUGCCUGCUUUCCCCCCCCUGCUGCCUGCUUUCCCCCCCCUGCUGCCUGCUUUCCCCCCCCUGCUGCCUGCUUUCCCCCCCCUGCUGCCUGCUUUCCCCCCCCUGCUGCCUGCUUUCCCCCCCCUGCUGCCUGCUUUCCCCCCCCUGCUGCCUGCUUUCCCCCCCCUGCUGCCUGCUUUCCCCCCCCUGCUGCCUGCUUUCCCCCCCCUGCUGCCUGCCCUCCCCCCUCUGCUGCCUGCCCUCCCCCCCCUGCUGCCUGCCCUCCCCCCCCUGCUGCCUGCCCUCCUCCCUCUGCUGCCUGCCCUCCCCCCUCUGCUGCCUGCCCUCCUCCCCCUGCUGCCUGCCCUCCUCCCCCUGCUGCCUGCCCUCCUCCCCCUGCUGCCUGCCCUCCUCCCCCUGCUGCCUGCCCUCCUCCCCCUGCUGCCUGCCCUCCUCCCCCUGCUGCCUGCCCUCCUCCCCCUGCUGCCUGCCCUCCUCCCCCUGCUGCCUGCCCUCCUCCCCCUGCUGCCUGCCCUCCUCCCCCUGCUGCCUGCCCUCCUCCCCCUGCUGCCUGCCCUCCUCCCCCUGCUGCCUGCCCUCCCCCCUCUGCUGCCUGCCCUCCUCCCCCUGCUGCCUGCCCUCCUCCCCCUGCUGCCUGCCCUCCUCCCCCUGCUGCCUGCCCUCCCCCCUCUGCUGCCUGCCCUCCCCCCCCUGCUGCCUGCCCUCCUCCCCCUGCUGCCUGCCCUCCUCCCCCUGCUGCCUGCCCUCCCCCCUCUGCUGCCUGCCCUCCUCCCCCUGCUGCCUCCCUUCUCCCCCCCGCUGGCCUUGCUGCACAGCCCUGUCGUUCGCUCAUUGUUUUCCUUCUCUCUCCACCCUGCCCCCUGCCCUUCUUUCUCUCCUCCCCUGCCUUUACCCGUCUUUUAUCUCCUCCCCUUCCUCUCCGCCCUGCUCCACCGUACACAGCAACAUCUGAGGCGAGUCUAGGCAACUUCUCAGUCUCAGCUGCACGGUACACAUGGAGUGUGGCGCCGUCCCUGGCUGCAUGGGUGGCGCUGCUGCUGCCAGACGGCCCCAAAUUCGCCCUCCUCCUCUCCUCCUUCCUCCUGGUGUUGGGUGCAGACACAGUCUUUGCCCGCAUGGCAUUAGUGCCUUCCUGGUAUCUGCCUCUCCGAGUGCUGCUCUCCUCCGUUGCUCUCCUCAGCCUCGCCGCCACCGCAUUCACCGUCGUAACUGGCACCGCCAUCUCACAAUCAUCUCCGCAAUCCAGUGCCCACUCACAAUCAACCCCUUCUGCCGCUCACUCAACUGCCGCGCCUUCGCCCACUGAUCAGCAGCCCGUUCACUCCUCUCACCCCUCAUCCACCCAUCCUUCAACCUUUGAAUCCUCUCCCUUAGCAAAGCAGUAA